AUGAUGAAGCCAAGGACUUCAGAAGAGGAAGAUGAAGGAUCGACGGAGACCCCAAAUAGGUUGACCGCCUCACGUUCGCCUCAACAUUUGCCACCAUCCCCUACGCGUCGCGUAUCGAUUAUACGCUCGUGUCGCGUCACUUGGGCACUUCACUCGCCACCACACUUUUGUCUUGGGCUAUUUCCUUGUUUACCCUAUUUCUUAAUUUUGAUCUGCAGUGGAAACAAAUUGAUAAUUCGCUGCUAAGGAAAAUUAUUUUUUGAAAUUUCCCUUCGAAGAGAUAGCGAUUAAAGCAGAGAUUGGUCUGCGUGUGUUUUGUUCGCUCAACCUUUAAUUCCGUUAUCAGCUUGAUUAAAAAAAGGCAGUGGCUGUCAGCAACUUUUUCUGCCUUCGCGCUUCGCCCUUGGGAGUUCUCAUUUAUGGCCACGAAUAGAACAAUGCUUCUCCUUUCUUUCAAAUUUUUCCCGCUCUUCUCGCCUUUUAAAAAAGCUAAUUCUUUGAAAUUAUCUAUUUUUUUUCAACAUGUUUGGAAAAAAUAGUUGAUGAAAAUCUCAAUAAAAUCCAAAAAGAACGUUAAGAGAGACUCGAUUCUAUGAAAAUCGAUAUUUUUUCACCUAAUUGUAGUCAGUUUUUGUAUCAAUCUCGCAUAAUGUUUUUGUUUUUUUUUAAAGUUUUCUUUCAAGUUUUUUCAUUUUUUUUGAUUUUUUUCCGAUUCGAAGUGGAAAUUUAAAAAAAAAAUGAAAAAAACUCGAUUCAUAGAGAAAAUGAUAUAAAUAUUCAGAGAUACCAAUAGCGAAAAAAAAAUCGAAAUACUUUGUCUCGGUGUUUGACGUUAUUCGCAAGCUUCAAUUGUUUAUGCUGACUGAAAUUCGGUGGUGAAAGAAAAAAGCUGCCCAUUUUUCGAACGCCCCUUUCGUUGGCCGCGCACCUUUUGCGAUACGAAAAGCUUCGGGGUGUUCCUAUUAUAUUGCUUGAUGACCGGUUUUGAAUUACAUAAAGGCGAUAAUAAGCCUUUUUUUUAAAUACAAAAUGUUUCUAUCAUCUUAGUAUGCAAUAUUCGAGUUUUCAAUAAAAACUAGGGUUAUUUUAUUGAUAUUUUUCGGAGUAAAACAGAAAAUUUUUUUCCCUUAUUUUGAAGCUGUUCAUUCAAUCCACAUUCUGUGUAUCUGCGUUUGAUGAACUGUACCUAACCUUCGUGUACGCCCGACUUGGUUGCGCAGGCAAUCGGAUAGCAAUAACUUGUUUAUUUCAGCGGGUGUGCAUCGUCAAAGAAAGUUUACAACGUUCAAUCAUUCCUCGAUUACUUUCUUCUCCGUUCCAUUCCGCUGGGUAGGUGUCUUUUUUCAGUUUGGUGGCCAGUGCGCGAAAAAAUCGAUUGACUCAACUGCAAAUCCCAAGGGGUCAAUAAAACGAAAAAAGAUGCGUUUAGCGCCAUCGUUUUGCGAUCAAAUUACCAUGCGUGUAUUUGAGGUAAACUGGACCAGCCACAAAGAUACUGUCAAAAAAAGCGAUAUUCAAAACUUCAUUUUCUUUUGCUCUAACCCACUUGCCUUCGAAUAUCUUGAAAGGGACGUGUGGUUUCAAAAGAAUUGGUAUAAUACAACCACUUUAUCUAUUCAUUGUUGAAAGAGCGAUUACAAUUUUUUCCGUUGCCAGAAUUAGUUUAAACGCUUGGGGUUUCUUAAAAUCAAGAUAACGUUAAGGGGAAGAACUUUUAGAGUUUUUAAUCACAAUGGCAAAUUUCUUUCGUAAGGUCUGAACAUUCUUACUUUGAAAUUUGUCAAAUUAGAUUUCCAAUGGUCUCCACUCAUAUCGGGGAGAAGUUUGGCUGAGAUUGUCCACAGCAGCUUUUCAGGCAUUCGGCCUUUGCAGAACUUUCCGGUGAAAACAUUGAUCAUUUUUCAGUUUAUGACUCAGCACUGAGAAAAUUUUUAAAACUUCUGAAAGCAAUCCAUUGAAACCAUUCCCUUUUUUUUCGAUAAUUGAAUAAAGCAACACAAACAUUGACAUGAAACCGAGAUUCCAAUUGUAGGCAUUUUCACAUUGCGACGCUUGGUGUGCGGUCGGUCCGCAGCCCUCUCUCGUUGCCCAUUUUCAUUUCAAUAUUAAAUGACGUUUUUUAAUAUCUUUCUGAGAUUGAAAGCUCAUAUAGUCAAUUGACGCGAGCUUUUAAUCCUGUCAUUCCUAGUUCUGCAUGGAUAGUGAACAGCGACCCGUGAGAAGCUUUUUUUGUGUUUUUUUGUUUGAGGAAAAAUCCCAAUGCCAAAAUCUAAUUGGAGGAAUAGUUAUAUUUAAGUUGAAAAUUGUACGGAUCAUCAGAUUUGUUUUUAUUGCAAUUUCGAAAGGUUAAAUGACAAUUCCAGUCAAGUUAACUGUUUGAAAUUCAAACUUCUAAGUCGUUCUUGACUAUGAUAUUUGAAACGUAUAGGUUUGAUGUUGUGGAUGUGAUUGUGAAAAAAAAUAUGAAAAAGACCUUUCAGAAAAAAAAAACAUCUAAUCCGGUGAACUGUCGCGAGAACUCUUAAUGGGAGGUCUCGAAAUUCACCAUUUUUCCAUUUUUUUUCGAUUAAAAAUAUUUCGUCACUCAGAUCAAUCUUUAAGUUUAAGGGCAAGAUUGAGUGAAAAAAGAAUCUGAAUUUUUUUUCUGCGAAUUUUGUCAAAAUCGUUCACUCGCUGAAAAUAAGUAAAAAUCUUUUGAGGUGCUUUCCUGCUCUGCUGACCAUAAAAAUGUGACAAUUUUAAAGAGUUGAAAAAAAUUAUUGCGAUAUUAUUUUUGAAUGACGUAUGGUUGAAAAUGUUUUUUUGACUUCCAGAGAUGGAAAAAAAUGUCUUGCGCUAAAAAUGCGAAAUAUCUUUUUGAAAUAGACUUUAAUGGUUUUUUUAUAUAGUACACAUUUUUUUCUUUUUUUAAUUCUUCUGUUUUUUUGAGAUAAUUUCAGAUAACUGUUUUUCAGGUCUAAAGCAAGAAAAAAAGCCAAAGUGAAUAUUCUUUAAAAAAAUCUUUCCGGGAAUGAGAUAGAACUUUUAUUUCAACUUCACUUUUUGAAACAGCAGUAAAAUAAACUUCAAUUAGGCUUAGUUUCCGUUUCAAAAGUAGUUUUGUCGUUUUCUAACCGCGCAGAACUCGUGCAUAACCUCAAUUAACGCUGGAAACGACCCUCGCCUCGAUUUCUUAAUGGGUGUUUUUUUCGAGCUCUUUGGGACAUAUUAGCAUAGCUCUCCGUCAUUUCAUUUAUAAAUCUCUUGCAGGUCGUAUGUCGUCUGCGCAGCGUGGCGCUACGGGCGCUGUUAAACCCAAGUCGCUAAACGUCAACUCGAUUUAUUCGGGUCGUACGCCGGCAAACGGCGCUCGCGCCGGAGGUUUUUUCCAGCUUUUUAUUGAUUCGAUCGAUAUUUUUCAGGAGCGAACAAGUAUGGUCUUCAACCUGUGGGUAAAACAAGCGGCGUCGUCCGACGAAUGCCACCACCGGCAACUCUUCCGUCUCUCAAGGCGGAGAACAACGGCCAGGAUCCGACUACCGUCGUCGUUCCCCAAGGUACGCUUCAUUUUUUGCAGCUUUUUGAUCUCACCAAAAAUUAUGAUCUACAAAUCUUUUGAUAAAGUUUUCCCACUUCAUUUCCAAAACAUUGAUGAGAUCCGUGAAAAAAUUAAAAUCAUCUGUUCACUUUAAUUAAAUGACAAGGUUACGCUGUAACCUAGCAACGCUUGACUCAAAAGUUCAGUUUCAGGCUUGAAAACAAGUUUUUAUUAGACAAGAAUAAUAUUUGCAUGCUUCCAAAAAAAGUUCCGGAAAUAUUUCCAUAUUUCUAUGGGGAAAAAAAUUAAGAAAAAUAACAGAUUAUUUUCGAGAACGUUCCCACGGAAUUCAAUGCAAAAUUUUUUUGUUACAGAGCUGGGUAAGAGUUAUCGGAAUCAAAAACAAAAUUCUGCUAAAGCUCUCAGGAAACCGAGGAGAAGCUUGUCGAAAUUUUCCCAGCGCUUAUAUGCCCGCUCUCGAAGCCCUCAGCUAGCAACCGGCACCGUGGUGUAGUGGUAGUGGUCUCUCAAACUCUGUCAAUAUUGUGACCAGGGUUCGAAUAUUUUUAGGCGGAUAUUCUUUUUGUCAACACUUUACUUCCUCAUUUUUCAUAUUUUUUUGAAAAAUUUUUUUAAAAUGUUUACAUUAUAUUUUUUUAUGAAAUGACAAUUAAAAAAAACCGGCUGAAAAAAACUCCUUUCUUUUUCCUACUUUUUUUCAAUUUGAGAUUGCUAAUCAAAACCAUCCGAUGGAGAAUAAGUUUCGUAUUUCGUCACUAGAAAUUUUUUUGAAACAGUAUUUUUUUAUUGUCCUUCCAUGAAUUUUUAGUGUAAUUAUAUGAAAAUUUUCUCAAAAACACGAAAAUGAUGAAGUUAUGAGUCGGCAAGAAUGGUAUUCGCCAAGAAGAAGCGAACCCUGGUCACAAUAUUGAGAGGACUCGAGAGACCACCACUACACCACGGUGCCAGUUGCUAGCUGAGGGCUCCGAGCGCGGGCAUAUGACCGCUGGGAGAAUUUUGACGAGCCUUUUCUCGGUUUCCUGAGAGGUUUAGCAGAAUUUUGUUUUUGAUUCCGAUAACUCUUUGAUUCCGAAUUUUUGAUUCCGAUAACUUACAUGGGGUUUGGGGUUCCGAAAAAGAAGACUAAGAGUUUUAUUAUCAAUCAGACGUUUUUGAAACUUUCCCCAUUUUUUUUAAUGUUUUCGUUUGGUUUUUUUGUAAAAGCGAGGCCAAUUUGAAAACUUUGAGGUACUGAUGAAAAGAGAAAUAAGAAACACGUUGGUAUGUUCAGAAGAGGAAAAAACUCUUGAAAUUGGAAUCCACAAUUUUUUUGUCUUGGAAUCUCACUUUUUUCAUGUAGACCUCACACAUCUCUUGAAUUAAAAAAAAGUUGUAUCAGCUGAUAAUUCCAGAAAAAAGGGUCUUUCGAGUUGAAAAAGUCUCAAUGGUUAUCUUGAAUUUUAUCUGGAAAAGAAAAAGUUUCCAUAUGAAUAUUAAUUCCUUUCAUUAAAUCUAACUGAACAUAGUCGUUUUCAGCAGUUUAAAAAAUCAGUGACUUUUUCAUCGGAAUUCUGCUUAGCAUUCACAUUUUUCAUUUGAACGUUGGUUCACGGAAAACGCGCUUUUUGAUGUGAGAAGGAACUGAACCGAUUGAAGAAAGCGACUGUUGCUAGGCAACACGAUGAAUUUCAAUUUCUUUGUUUUACGUGGGCAACGUUCGAUUUAUUCAGAAGACUAGAAAAAAAAAACAAAAAAAAAGAAAAAAAAGAUAUCAGAUUGCAAGAUUAUUUUGAAACAUUUUUCUGUGUGGUCAGGUCGCUUAACUUGGAGUAUUUUAAAUGUCUUAGAAUGAUGAAUAAAACGAUUUCCCUUGAAGGAGCUGUUGGAUGGACCAAAGACGGUCCUCAGGGCAUCGAGACGGCACCUCCAACUCCGGCGGCCCCGGUUUUGAGCGACUUGCGUCCUUCGUGGCUUGUCGCCGCCGCUGAGACUCCGAGCAACGUCGCUUCUUCUGUGCGCGAGUUCCCCACCUUAGGCCCUCAGGCUAACUCGGGAUCAAAGAUUCUGAGUGAGAACCCGUUUUCUGAGUACUUUAAUCUUGAAAUGCUUCAGACAAAUGGGAGGUGAACGAUUUGACGCAGAAGAGGAACGACGGAUCAUCGACUGGAGAAGACGAGCUGUUUUCUGACCUACCGGUACUAAAAUAUAUAAUAAAUUUUGAAAGACUUGAAACUGUGACAUCAUGCUAAUUUUUUGAUUUCUAUGCUCAGAAAAAAGUCUCGAAAUAUUAGUAACAAGUUCAAAUUACUCGACCAACUUAGUCGUUUGGAUUAGAAAAACGUCUGUUCAAAGUUCUUUAUUUCGGUGUUCAGGAGAGUGAGAACGAAUUUGAAAAAGAUUUCGAAGAAGAAAUGUUUUCUUUCAGCAAAGUUUUCGGCCAUGUUAGGCUCCUAAGGAUUAAAAUCCCAGUAAACCUUUUUCUAUAAGAAUAUUUUUCAAGGGUUUUUUUGAAGACCGUCAGUUGCUUGAAAAUCCAAUUUUGCGGAAAAAUUACCUAUCUCUAAAAAAAUAAAUUUUAUUUGAAAAACAACUUUCAGAUUCCGCAAAGGUUCUUCGACAAUUCUCGUCGCAAUCCUUCAAGAUUCAGUGGGUUUUUUUAUGUGAUGUGCGUGAUGAACAGCAAAAAAAAAGCCAGAUUUAUGCGUUUCCGCGAAAAUUUCACAUGCACUCGACCAUCAAUUAUCCAUCCAAGAAGGUGUAAAAUGACGAAUUUUAGGUGGAAGCAGCGACGCUCGGCUGUCACAAUCUUCCGAUUUCGGCCUUCCUCCUCACGGUUUCUGCGACACCAUGGAUCCCAGUUUGUUUCUUUCUCCUCUCUUUUUAUCAGUUAUUAAUCGACUCUUCUCUCAUCAGUGAUAAUAUUAUUCUAGAUUUGGAAGAAAUUUACGACAAUCUAGUGCGCAGCCGUACAAAUACCGACCGAUCCCAGAAUAACGUGAGGAAAAAUGUGAAUAAAAGACAAAAAAAACUGUUUUUCAGGAUGUGCGACCAGAGAAACCUAAGACGUGGGACUACGAUGAGCAAAAACAGGUAAAAUUUUCGAGAUGGACAUAGACAAAAUAUUCAAAAUUUGCAGCCCCAGAAAGUCCGCUCGCAAGCUCGCAAUGACAGUUCAUCUGGAGACGAACGAGGUCGACUUUCUGAAAGUUCGAAAGCUCAUACCGUGGAUUACCGCAUUCUCAAACGGACCGAACAACUUUUACUCCAAGACAUUAGUGAUGAUGAAGGUAUCUCAACAAAAAAAAAAACUAACUUUUCUAUCUCGGAAAUUUGCAGAAGUUCAAAUGACUCGUUUGGACAGACCUUCUGUUUCAAUAUUCCAGCGGAAAGCCGGCUCAGAGCCAAUGGAAGGGUACAAUCCAAUCGCUCCCCCUUUUGCUCCUCAGGCUCCCAUUGAAGCACCGAAAAACUUCGAUGUGGUAACUUCAUUGGAUUUUUCAAUUUCUACGGUACCUUUCAGGUCAAAGAGGUGAAACCUAAAAAGAACAACGAAGCUAAGAAAAAAGCGGAAAUGCUAGCAGCCGCUAAGAAAAAAGAAGAGGAAGAAAGAAUUGCAAACAUCGUUUUGCCGCAGGCGAAUCUGGAAUCGUCAAACGAUAAGGAAAAAUCUGAAGAGGUACUCCUUAAUGUAUAAUAGAAAAUCCGAAUUUUAACAUUUCCAGACUUUUACUGAAGAAAUUCUGCCUGCUCCGCUUCCAACUGAAAAUAUCUGGGCCAAGCGACAAGAAGAACGUGAAUCGCAAGAAAGAGACAGAGUACGCAAUUCCCAUAGGAACAGAGAAAAGAUGAUUGUUGUGGGGGUAGCAAGUGUUUCGCAGAUCAAAAAAAGGACCACGCAAUGCAGAUCACACCUAUUCAAAUUUUGGCGCCAUAUUUGCCCGCGGCGCGUGAAAUCUCCUCUUGUUUAUCUGACACAAGAGUGUGGUUGGCUCAUUCUUCAGCCAUAAUUUAUCUUCGCGGUCUUUUGUGUUCCUUGUCUUGUUUUUUUGUUUUUGUUUUGUUGUUUCUCCAUGGAUGUGGUAUUUCAGUUGAGUCGUAUGCCAAAAGCAAUGCAACAAGCUAUCGAGCAGCACUUCCCGCUGGUCACUGAAGCCGCAACGAUCAAAGUUGACAAGGUACUUUUUACUGAUUGGAGCGUUACGCUGUCUCAAACUAAUAGUGCGGCAGUCGGUUUUCUAGCUAUAUCGUUAUCGAGAUAAGAUCAAAAAACUAUUUUUCCAAUGAGUAUCUAGCAUAAAGCGGGCUCGCAAAGGUACUCAUACACAGGAGACAAUUGAUAAAUUUAUUUCUUUUUUGCAAAACGCUUCCAUUGAAAAAAAAAAGAGAAAAGUUUUGGUUUUUGAUACUGAAGGAAUAUUUUUGAAGGCUUUUCAAAUUUGAACUCGACUUUCAUGCAUUGCGUUCAAGAUUGAAAUGAAAAAUUAUAUAAAUGUAUACAUUUAGUCCGACAUCAAGAAAGAAAAAUGGGAAUAAGCGCGAGCGUUUGAAUGGGGAAUCUACGAUAAUACGUUUUGAGAGAGAAGCUCCCGUUAAACAUAAGAUUAAGUGAAUUUUGAGAAAUGAGUAAAAAAAUUGAAAAAAAAGAUUGAUGAUUUUUUUGAUUCGCCCAAAAUCUUGUUGGUGCAAAGUUGAAUUGAUUUGCAUAAUUUUGAUCAUCUGGUCAAGUAAGUUUUCAAUGUUUUGGAUUUGAAUAAAUCCAUGGAAUUUUAGGAUCAAUCUCAGUUGCCCUUUCUUGAUUUGCAUAUAUUCAGAGGCUCAGGAGCAUAUGUGUUCAGAAAUUUGGUUGCUGUCUUAAGACUUAAAGAAAGUUCGAAAAAUAUUAAAAGAUCAUCGUCACGCACGAUAAAAUGUCGACGCGAAAAAUACUGUAGCGAAAGGGCUAAAUUAUCUUCUCGGGAUUUGAAAUUUGAAAAGACUCUAUUGUUUCCUGUGAACUCCGAUCGAUUCAGGAAUCGAUGCGCAAGCCGGCGGACGCGGACUUCACGCGUGCGGCCCUCAGGGCCCGUAAACAGGCGACGAGCAACGACGUGCGGCGGCUGAUGACCCGCGACGAGAUCGGUUCUCAUGCCGAACGCUACAACGCGCAGCACCGCGCCUUCGUCAAAAAAGACCAUCAUGGUACACUUCCGAUCAAUAUUUUCCUUUUAUCUCUUCCGUCUUCGAUUUGCGGUGGGAAAGUGAAAGAGAACGCAGUCAUUUUUUAUCAUCCUUAUCAUAAAACAGAUCUCCAGACGCGGUCAAUGUUGUACAGUUUCUAUUUUUAGCCUCAAAGGAACUUUUUUUGAAACGUUUUAUUUUGCAAGGGAUUGAAUAAAAAGCGACUGUUCAUUUUCUUUCCUGAAAUAUCAAAUGAUAUCGCUCUUUCUUCAAGGCAUUUUGUCUAACUUUGGUACUUUAUGACUGAAUUGAGAAUAUCAAUAAAAACAUGAUAACUUUCCAAAUUUUUUUCUUCAAAGCCAAAUGGAAGGUUUUUUGAUUUUUUAUAGCGUAUCUAGGCAUAAUUUUAGUUUCAGUUUUAUUCCAAACUUUUUUUGAUUAAAAUGGAAAAUGGCGUUUUCAAGGUUUUUUUGAAAAAAAUGACAACUGUGAAAAAUGCUCUCCAUGCUUACAGAAAAAAAUCAAUCUCUUGAAUUAUGUUAAAAUCUUACCUGUAAGUAAUUAAUGUCUUUUUGGCUGGCUGUAAGGCGCUGGUAUUCUUAAAACCUAAACAUUUUGAUAUCAGCAAAUUAUAUAAAAACACAUAGAUGCAACUUUGAAAAAUUCAAGUAUUUCACAAAGAAAACUUCGAUUGCAUUCUCUUUCUCUUCUGUCCUUUCGCAGCCGUUUUUUGUGUCUUGAGACUAUCAUUAAUUUCUCCUCUCAACCACAUUCUCUCUGCAGGCGGCGGCGGGUACACGAGCGACGGAACCUACGAAAACGAGCGCGGCCAGCGAAUGCGUGGAGAGAUGAGAAACCGCGGACCCCCACAGGACGUCGAGUUUCAUCGCGGCGGAGCUUCUUCUGGAUUCGGCAACCGCGACAACAGACGUCGCAAUGACGUCAACUCGACGUUCACCAGAAACCGCCGUAAGGGCGACAAGGUGGAAAGCGACGUUGAUUUGAAUGUAAGAGUGUUUUUUCGAACUUUGAACAAAUUCUUUUUCCAGCCUUCUGAUUCGUCGAGAAAGGGCGAUUUCGAUGAAGGAUCUCACGGUCCGCGUCAGAACCCCUCUCAGGUAACUUCAUAUGAAUCAAUUUCAAAUUAAACUGAGAAAGGAAAUUCAUUAACAUUUCAUUUUCAGGAUGUUCGAAAGAACAACAGAAGGCGCGGAGAUACCCGGCGAAAGAAUUCGUUCACCAGGGUAAGUGCCAAUUUAUUUUUUAAUGGCAAUCUUUUUUCUCAGAAUGACAUGACGAAGCCUCUCAACGGGACUAAUAAUGGUGCCGAGAUUGAGUGAGACUUCAAAAAUCUUGCUAGAAACUGGAAUAACAUUGUAGGAAAAACGAGAAGCGUCGUGCCACUCCAACUGAUUUGGCUUCUGCUGCCAACCAGGCGCGAAUUAGAUCAAAAAACGGCCAACCCGCCAGCCAUACAUACCCCUCGCACUUAGAAAGUAUCUUAAAUUGAUUUUUCAUCUUUCAACUUUUUACUUCCAGAAGAGAACUGGCCGAGGAACGGAGAGAAGGAGGCAAAGGUUGAACAACAGGUGAAUAGUCCGAGUUUUCUGAAUCUUGUAUCUAUUAAUUUUUUUCAGAAUGUAGGACUGGCGGGAUCUGACAAAAACGCUGGAGAUGAAGCUCGUCGAGCUGAUUCGCCAGCUGAUACCGCGGAUAGUCUUGGAGACUUCGAAGAGGUUAGAAUGGGGUUUUUUCUGUUUCAAUGAAAAAAAAAUUCAGGUUGUCAACCGUCGCUUGAGAAGAAGCAAGGAAAAGGAAAGAGAAAAGGAGAAGGAAAAGGAGAGAGAGGCUUCGAAGGCUUUGCAGCAGACCAAGACUACUCGCAGUCAGCGUCGAGUUCGGAACAAUGGAAAACAUGGUUUGUUAUAACUUUUCGGUUAAAAAAAAUUAACAAGAUUUCAAAAGAACGCAUGGUCAUGUUUUUCUUUACAGUUGCAGAAGCUGAAAUCAAAUCGAAGGACGGUGACCGUCAGAAGAAUCACGAAGAAAAGAAGCCUUUGAAAGCGAAGCAAGAACUUGGAGCAACUACCGAUGGUUUCCAAAAACGAACUGUCAGCAAGGAGGAGAAAAUUCGCAUCGAAAAACCUCCAAUUCUUCAACAAGAGGAGGUUAUCAGCAAGGUUUGAGGUCCAAAAAAUUAACUAAGUUCUAAACGCUGAAAAAUCAAGCUCCCAAGCCCGAUUGGUCCUCCAGCUCGCAAGUUGGUUGAGCCGCCACCAGUGGAGUUUGAGAAAUUCCUCGAGCUUCCAGAGUUUAUCCAUUCGAACAGCUCUCAUGAUGAGUCCUACGAUUUCACAUUUGAUCCAGACCUUCACGUGAGAUCAAUUAAAAAUGAUUUUUUUUUUAAAUUUCUUUUUAGGAGUCUGUAAAGGAAGACAAGAACAUUUCCUCCUGCUCGGCCGCAGAUGAUUUGCAUCUCAAAGAAAAAAUGAGCAAAAUUAAGGUACUUCCCAUCGUAUGACUCAACUUUUGAAUGAAAGGUUUCAGGAUCUCUGGCCGGGAGAUAUCGAGCGUACGAACGUAGCCAUGGUGAAACCGCAGCCUCAGAACGGAGACACUCCGGUGAGCGAGCCGAAGCUCGACACUCAAACGACCACUUCAUCUUCCAGCUCUAGUCGUACUGUCAACAACCUUGGUUGGUCCAAAGGCUAACUUUGGGUUAAAAAGUAAAACAUUUGCAGCCCCUUACUCUGCGCACUACUCAUCGUUCCAGCCUCUCUAUCCAAACUCAGACAACCGAUCCACGGGAAUGAGCUUGAGAAACGCUGUUUCGCCGCCUUCUUCGUACAACGCCUUCAACGGUUACAUGCAGCCUCCUCAGAAAAAUCCCUUCAGCUUUGGCGCAACUAACUUCGACUUUGGCCUUCUUGGACUUCGUAAGAUAGCCUAUAUAUUCAGCAUUCAAAAUGUAUAUUGCAGGACCUGGACAAUCUGGAUUAGGUGGACCUCCUGGACCUCCAGGACCUCCGGCUCCUUCCAAUCAGCUUCACACCCUUUGGUCUCAGGACGCUCCGCCCAAUUUCAACAGUACUCCGCCAUCUUCUCUUCUGCCAAACUCUAACUCGAGCCACUACGGAUUCUUCAAUAACGCACCUUCUUCUGCGCAAGACGUCAGUGAGAAUUGGUCUUGAAAAGGCUUAUAAUAUGGUUCAGAUGAAACUUCGCUCUUUCCUAGGCGGUGGAGGCCUGAUGAGCCAGAAUGCACCACCUCUUUUCCACGAUAGCCGUCCAUCGCUGCCGCCGUCUAACUUGGCUGUAGGAAGUCAGCGUGGGAGCUUCGGAAGCUCUAACAACUCGUCCAUGUCGUCGACGCAGCCAAACUACUUAUCUUUCCUAAGCCAGCCACCUCCUUCAAUGAGGUAUAUUAUAUGAGAUGGUUUUUCACAAACGAAAGUUUGAUUUAAGGUUCAAUAUGUCUAGCUCAUCUUCGAACAGUGAUAGCUUCUUCCAAAGCUCGUUCUUUUUGGGAAGCUCCAACAGUGGCUCGCAGUUUUUGGAAGAAGACCUUUACGUUAAGAAGAAUCAGGGUAGCCGCAAUCUGAACGGCUCUCAGACGUCAGCUAACACUAGCGAAGUCUGGUCGAGCACUUCUCAGCCAUUCUUCAGCCAAAUGUCCCAGCCGCCACGCACUACUUAUUCCAACGUCAGUCUUUUUUCAAUCUAUGGGAAGAUUUUUCUAUUUUAAGAUUGAUAAAUGAAAAUUAGAAGGAAAUAAACAUAAAAACGCCUCUUUCAUUUAAAACUCCAACAGAUAGGUAGGAAAUUUCUAGAACUGUAGUGUUCUUGACGGACUGCAAAUAUUUCCUUUCAUGGUGACUGACUCAUUUUUUAUGAUUAAUUAGUCAUCACAAACAAAAAUACGUGAUGAAUGAAAUUAAUUUUUGUUGCAGUUGAACCAAAACGGCAAUAACCGUAUGCGUCGUCCUUUCAACGCUGGCCCUGGUGGUCGUCCAUAA